ACGGAUGCAUUCUUCCCUUGCGUUUCAGCCGCAUCUCCAUUUACAGGAAGCAGCUAAGAGCGAUCAUCAACUCAGUGCUGCCAGCGUGCACUGAGCCUAGCAUUCUGAAUCCCUCGUUCCGAGCACAAGCCAUACUAGCAAACCCAAUGGCAUACGGUCAUGUGCACAUUGCUGAGUAUCUCAAUGUUCCAUUCCAUUUGAUAUCUGCAAUCCCCUGGACGCCAACCAGUGAGAUUCUUCACCCAUGUCUUCGUAUCAAAGGACUGGAUAAUAAGAUGACAUACAAGCUAGUGGAUGUGUUUAUGUGGCUGAGUUCUGGCUCCUUGUUGAACAAACUACGCAAAGACCAGCUCAAGCUCGAUCCGCUUCCACUUUUGAGCAGCUUCAUAGACUCCAAUGUGUCCGCGACGUACACAUGGAGUCCACACCUCCAAGCCUAAAGACUGGGGCGAGAACGUGGAUGUGACUGGAUUUUGCUUCUUGGAUCAAGCACACGAUUUCAAACCACCUUUGGGGCUUCUCAGUUGGCUAGAAUCCGGGCAACCUCCCAUACAUAUCGGGUUUGGCAGCUUGCCUAUGCAGGAUCCAGAGCGCACAACAGAAAUCAUCAUAGAAGCUCUCAAACUGACCGGCCAAAGAGGGAUCAUUUCCAAGGGCUGGGCUGGACUGGGUGGUGAAUCAACUGAAUUCCCAGACCACAUUUACGUGCUGGAUGAAAUUCCUCACGACUGGCUGUUUCCUCGCUGUUCUGGAGUCAUCAACCACGGAGGCGUUGGCACAGUUGCUGCAAGCCUCAGGGCUGGGGUAACAAAAUUGUGGACUCAUUUUCUUCUUCUGAAUUACGACCUUGGCAAAUAUAUUGUGCAGUGUCCAACAGCAGUGGUCCAUGCAUGUAGUGAUCAAGAGCUCUGGGGUGAAAUUGUUCAUUCAAAUGGGGCUGGACCAGCACCGAUCCACAUAUCUCAAAUCUCCCUGCAGACAAUGGUCCAGUCUAUUCUCUACUUGAUCAAGCCUGAAGUCAAAGAGAGAGCCAUUCAAUUAUCCGAAUGGCUGCAGCAAGAGAGUGCUAUCGAGGCAGCAGUGAGAUCCAUUCAUAAGCAUCUUGAUAAGAGUUUCAAGACGAAUGAUUAUUGUAAGAAUGAGCCGAGUAUGCCCGGGCACUGGGACAGAGUUUACUGCUGCUUUGUGUUUGCCUGCGUAUUCAUGAGAGAGUUACUUACAAGAAAGUUGGAUAAUUAAAUAAUUAGUGUAUAUUAUUAUA